AUGGCGUCUUCUUUCUUGUCAGGCACACAGUAUUCGGUGCCCGUUGCCAGUUCUGCAAGUCAGAUUGGUGAAGCUGCAUCUUCAAUUGCCUCAGCUCAGGAACAGGGCCGUCUAUCGAGAAGAAAUCUGGUCGAGGUUUUUCGAAAAUUUCGAAAUUCAGCCCCAGAGGAAGUGAAAAAGGCUGCCGCGUCGGUUUUAAAGUGCUUUCAGACAGAAAUUGACAACCUUACCGCUAGGAGUCAGAAUGCGGAGGACGCCUUUAUUCAAGUUUAUCAACGUCUUGUUGAAAUGCCAGAUCCUUCCUUGGCACUUUCUGAAGCGGAGGCACUUAGCAAGCAUGCACAACGCGCCUCCGAUUUGACGUCAGAGAAUGCCAAACUGCGGGAAGCCGUCAAUGAGUUGAAGGCAGAAGUAAUUGCUGCUAGAUCCAACGAAUCCCUGCUCAAGACUGCGCAGGCCCGUAUAGCCGAACUAGAGGAGUCGAGUGCCCGGUCGAUUGAGGCGCAUCAGAAGAAAUUAGAGGAGAAGUUUGAGGAGAGAGAGAAAGAGGUCGCCCUCCUUGUCAGUGAGGCCAACACCCGCGCAUCUGAGGCCGAUUCGCGAGUUCGCAGUCUGGUGGAAGCCUUGCACGCUGCCCAAUCACAGGUGUUUGACUUGCAAUCGAACCUUGAGGAGGUCAAAGCUGGGAAGUCCAAGGAGUUGGAGAUCCUCGUCGAGGACUUGGAAAAAGCCAACGAGGUGAGUCUCUUUUUUGCUCCGGAGUUCAGUUGUGGUGCUGAAUGCCGUCUGGCGUACACUGCCGACGCCGGGCGCGAGCUGUGUGUUUUCCUCUACAAUACUUGUCGCCUCGACGCUGACAGUCAUCUUGCUAUCUACGCUGGCGAACUGGCGAAUAUUAUUAAUCUGAUGACUCAAGUUCAUUCGGUUGAGGCUGAACGACGCGAGGAAGUGACAAACCUCCGAAGUCGAUUGGAGGCGAGUGAGUCGGCUCUGCAGGCAUCCAGGUUGCUGGCGUCCUCCCUCGAAGCUGACCUCCUGCGCAAAAGUGACUACGAAGAAGUGAAGAAGGAGCUGGAGGUGCUCCGGUCCAUUGAAUUCCAGCAGGUGCAGCAGCACCAGCAGCAGUCCGGCGACCAAUCCAAUGCCGCAGACGAGCCGCUUGAGUUUCGGCUUCGCAGGAAAAACGAACAGCUCCAAAACAGGAUUGCCAGCAUCAGUGCCGACAAGGAUCAAAUGGAGUCCGAGUUGGUCGAGUUGCGUGAAAAAGCCGCCGAUCUGGCCGAACAAAAUGCCCACCAGAAGGCCCUCAUUUCUCGUCUCGAGAAUGACUUGAACGUGGCCAGCACGUGGCGCCAAACCCAGUACUACGAGGGCUCUGGCGUCGUGUCCACUGCCGGCGCGGUAGAGGCCCAGUCACCCUCAUCUCUGGUCGACCUCCUCUCCACCGACCAGGACAUCCACCGGCCGGGGGACUCCUCCAUCCUCUCCAUUGUGCAAGGCCAACGCGACAGACUGCGGGAAAGGAACCGUGAACUAGAAGAGAAUAUGCUGGCCCUGCGACAGCAAGUUGUUUCCGCCCAGACCGAACUGGAAUCGAUUCGUCAGGACAACGUCAAGUUGUACGAGAAGAUCAAGUUCGUUCAAAGCUACUCGCCCGCUGUUAGCCAGCACAACUCGCCUUCAAGUAAGCGUGUGGGCAGUCAAGAGGACGAUCUGUUGACGCGUUAUUCGCAUGCCUAUGAGGCUCGUUUGAAUCCCUUCGAGCAGUUCAGUCAACAGGAGCGCCAGCGAAGAUACCAGUCGUUGCAGCCGCACGAGAAGAUCAUGCACAGUCUCGGAAAAAUGAUCAUCAACAAUCGUGGGGCCCGUCUGGCGACGUUUGCGUACGCGUUGGCGCUGCACUUAUUGGUGUUCCUCGUCCUCUACAAGAUGGUCACUUCAACCGAACCCCUCUGUCCAGCGAACGCCAGCAACAACAACAAUAACAAUGCUCCUAUGCAAUGA